AUGGUCGUCAUCAACUCGGCUCUCCUCGCCAAAAAGUUCCCACAGCUGCCCGCUCAUGAUGUCGACGACCUCGUGAAUCAAUUCCGUCGCUUCGAUAUUGAUGGACGUGGCCAGAUUGACCAGAAGGACCUUGUCAAGGUCAUCCAAGAGAUUGGAGAGGGACAGUCUUAUGACCAGAUUCGCGCUACCAUCAAGGCUGUUGAUAUUAAUGCUACCGGCAAGGUAGAAGUCGACGAGUUCCUCGAGAUCGUGUCAAAGUUGCGCGAGGGAGGCGGCAAUCACCAGACCUCGGGCAAGAAGGUGAUCCAAGUCAAGGGUGCCAACAACAACAUUACCCACUCCAUGAACGAUGACGAGCGUUCCGAGUUCACAGCCCACAUCAACUCGGUCUUGGCCGGUGAUUUGCAUAUCGGCGACCGGAUCCCCAUCCCCACCCACACCAUGCAAGUCUUUGACGAGUGCAGAGAUGGUCUCCUUCUGUGUAAGCUCAUCAACGACUCUGUGCCAGACACCAUCGAUGAGCGUGUCUUGAACGUCAAGAACAAGCUUUCCAACUUCCAGAUCAUCGAGAACAACAACGUCGCCAUCAACUCUGCCAAGGCUAUCGGAUGCAGUAUCGUCAACAUUGGACCCCAGGAUAUCAUGGAUGGACGUGAGCACUUGAUUCUGGGUCUCAUCUGGCAAAUCAUCAAGGCUGGUCUCUUGUCCAAGAUCGAUAUUCGUCUUCAUCCCGAGUUGUACCGUCUCUUGGAGGAGGAUGAGUCUCUGGAGAAGUUCCUUCGCCUUCCCCCAGAGCAGAUUUUGUUGAGAUGGUUCAACUACCACUUGAAGGCUGCAGGAUGGCACCGCACUGUCAACAACUUUAGUACGGAUGUCAAGGAUGGAGAGAACUACACUGUCUUGCUCAACCAAUUGGCUCCCGAUCUCUGCUCCAGGGCCCCUCUUCGCGAGAACGACCUCUUCUCUCGCGCCGAGCAGGUUCUUCAGAACGCCGAGAAACUCAACUGCCGCAAAUAUCUCUCACCCCAGUCUCUCGUCGCCGGUAACCCCAAGUUGAACUUGGCCUUUGUCGCUAACCUGUUUAAUACCCACCCCGGCCUUGACCCUCUGGAGGAGGUUGAACGCCCAGAGUUGCCUGAUGUUGAGGGUGAUCGUGAAGCCAGAGUUUUCGCUCUUUGGCUCAACAGUUUGGAUGUGGAUCCAUUUGUCAACAACCUGUAUGUGGAUCUUCAGGAUGGCACCAUCUUGUUGCAAGCCUUUGACAAGAUGCACCCCGGCAUUGUUGACUGGAAGCGUGUGACACGCAGGCUGCCUUUGAACCGCUUCAAGCAGGUCGAGAACACCAACUAUGCCAUCAUGAUUGGCCAGCACCUCCGCUACACCUUGGUCAACAUGCAGGGAGCUGAUAUCGUUGACGGAAGCCCCACAUUGACAUUGGGACUUGUCUGGCAGAUGAUGCGCGAGAACGUGACACAGACGAUGAAGAAGUUGUCCAAGUCUGGCAGGGAUAUUACCGACAUGGAGAUGAUUCGCUGGGCCAACGAGGCUGUCCAGCGUGGCGGCAAGACGAGCAAGGUCAGCAGUUUCAAGGACUCUUCGUUCAAGACUGGAGUCUUUGUGUGCGAUGUCUUGAACGGGGUCCGUCCCGGAUCGAUCGAUUAUGCUAUGGUUUCUCGCGGUACCAACCUCGAGGAUGCCAAGCUUAAUGCCAAGUACGCCAUUUCCGUCGCCAGAAAGAUCGGUGCCGUCAUCUUUGUCUUGCCCGAGGAUAUUAUCGAGUGCCGUGCUAAGCUUAUUUUGACCUUUAUCGGUUCGUUGAUGGCUAUCGAUGCUGCUGGCAAGGCAUAG